CUACAUUCCAAUCAAUCACCAACAUAUUGUCAAUUUUGACAUACAUGGUGGCGUUCUUUUCUCAAAAUAAUGACAAAUUUACAGGGGCCUUUAUUAGAGAGUGAAACGUGUCCUCAACAACAUAUGGAAACAACCACUGUCUUAGAAUACCACAUAUCUAUAAUCAUGGGACCAAUGUCCUAAUGUUCAUGAACACACAUGUACGAGACAGCCAACAGCUUAACUUAAAUCCAUAUGAACUAGAGAGUGUCUGGGUAAUAAAUUUCCCUAACUGCCACAUACCUCGUCUAUCCCUAAUAUAUUCCUGCUUCUGCACAUCUUCACGCACUCAAUUAACUUCCUUCAACCUACUCUCUCCUUCCAUGGCUUCUGCAACUUCCAUACACCAGAGAAGACUGCGAGAAUUCCUCAAGGAGCAACAGGAACCUUUCAUCCUCAACAAUUACCUUUCUGAAAGAGGCUGCUCCAGAACUUGGUGCCUGCAGAGAUCAGCCAAUUCUUGCCUCAAUAUAAAUGCAAAGCUUCAGUUUUCCAGAGUUCUUGCAUCUCUGUGUAAGAAGCUUGCUUUGCACAACGAAAGCAGCAACGUUAUGGCUGAGAGGCCUGCAGCCAGAAAUGAAGAUCUUGUUGUUCGUGAAACUCCUACGAUUGGUGAGAUUGUCGUGGAAACAGAAAGGUCUUCAUCCUCUAGCAGCUCAACUCUGUUCUACUCUUGCUCAGAGGUUGAUGAAGACGAGAGUUCGUUUUCUUCAGAUAACUUCCAAGCGUCAAAUGUAUGCCCUACUGGUAUGCAGAGCCAACAGGCUACUAACAAUGGAAAACACCGCUGGAGAUGCAUAGGCCCUGCCUCACUCGGCAAAGUUCCUUCACGCAGAGCUUCAGCAUCUCAAAAUGAGGUAGUAGUUAAUCAGGAAGUCAGGAAAAUAGAGAAGAAAAUACAUAGUUGCAGUGUCCCACUGCCCAAGAAAAUGAGAGAAGAGUCAAUUUCAUCAGCUGCAAGCUGGGGAUUGCUGAUGCAGUCAGUUAAGAGAGAACGGGGUUCAAGGAAAGUAAGAGAUAAUGUCGCUCCUAGUGUUUCCCAAGGAUUCAAAUCUAUAAGGGUACUGCAGAAGACAAAGCAACUGCUUUUUCAUUGUGCGAGAGAAACACUUGCGAAGAAGGACAAGGGAGAACAAUGUCACAAUAAGGAACUGGGGAAGUUCAUUUGUAAGAGAACAACCAGAUGGGGUCAACGAAGCAGACAUGGGAGGGGCCUGACCUGCUUGUUCUCUUUGGAUGACUUGAAUUCCGUAUACGAAUGGGGUGAUUUGGAGCCACAUGCGAACGAUAUUAUCCUACAAAUUGGUGAUGCCAUUUUGGAAUCCAUCAGCAACGAAAUUGUAUCAGAAUUUAUUGAAUAUUAACCACUCCCAUAGGCAGU